AAUCCCCCCUUUUCGUUCUCCUUGUUUUCCACUUCACCACGUUUCUUCACUGGUGGUGUUGCGCAGCUUCAAUGGCCUCUGCAACACUGUGUCACUGUCAUCUCCCUCUUCCUCUUCCUCCUACUCGUUCUUAUUCUUCUUCUCUUUGUAUCAGAACUAUGAAACCACCACUCUCUCUUUCACUCUCAACCCUUCUCAUCCCCCAUCUCCACGCGCGCUGCUUCUCUCCGCCACGCGCCUACGUAACCGGACCCGCAACUGACCCUAAUUUAUGCGACCCGGAUCCGAAGCUCCUCGGGUUGGCUCCGGAGGAGACGAAGCCACGGAACGUGAUUACGUGGAACCUCCUCUGCACACUUCUCAUGAAGCACAAACUGCGCCUCGCUGUUUCGGUUGCGACGCUCUUCGCCUGCACCACCUGCACCCUAUCCAUGCCCAUUUUUUCUGGGCGGUUUUUUGAAGUUCUUAUUGGUGCUAGACCUGAGCCGUUAUGGAGGUUGCUCAGUAAAAUUGGAGUUCUGUAUGCCCUGGAGCCACUUUUAACUGUUAUUUUUGUUAUAAACAUGAACAUAGUGUGGGAGAAAGUCAUGUCAACACUAAGAGCUCAGAUCUUUGGAAGAAUAUUGAUUCAGAAGAUUGAAUUUUUUGACAAAUACAAGGUUGGUGAACUCACUGGUUUGUUAACAUCUGAUUUGGAUUCUCUUAAAAAUAUUGUUAGCGAGAAUGUUUCAAGGGAUCGUGGAUUCAGGGCAUUAUCCGAGGUCAUUGGAACAAUAUUCAUACUUUUUACUUUAUCCCCUCAACUGGCACCAAUUCUGGGUAUUCUGAUGCUCGCAGUUUCCAUUUCAAUUGCUGUCUACAAGAGAUCAACUUUGCCUGUUUUUAAAGCCCAUGGGAUGGCCCAAGCAUCUAUAUCUGAUUGUGUGACAGAAACAUUUGCUGCUAUUCGAACAGUAAGAUCGUUUGGUGGGGAAAAACGUCAAAUGUUUACAUUUGCUAAUCAGGUUCUAUCUUUCCAAUCAAGUGGGAUAAAGCUUGGGACUUUCAAAUCUGUAAAUGAAUCCUUGACUAGAGUUGCUGUUUAUAUUUCUUUAAUAGCACUAUAUUGUCUUGGAGGGAGCAAAGUUAAGGCGGGUGACCUCUCCGUUGGAACUAUGGCAUCUUUUAUUGGAUAUACUUUCACUUUAACAUUCGCCGUUCAAGGACUGGUUAAUACUUUUGGUGAUCUUCGGGGAACUUUUGCUGCUGUUGAGAGGAUCAACUCCGUUUUGUCUGGAGCUCAAGUUGAUGAUGCCCUUGCCUAUGGCUUAGAAAGAGAACUGAAACAAAAAACUGUGGACGAUGACAACUAUAAACUGUUUUUCUCUAAUACUUCUGUGGAGAAUAACCAAAGAAAUUAUUUGCAUUACAUGUCAGCACUAAAAACAUCAAGCAAUUUAUUUAGCUUAGCUUGGUCUGGAGAUGUUUGUCUUGAAGAUGUGUAUUUCUCUUAUCCUUUAAGGCCAGAUGUGGAAAUCUUACGCGGCUUAAAUUUAAGACUAAAAUGUGGAACUGUAACUGCGUUGGUGGGUCCUAGUGGUGCUGGAAAAAGUACGGUAGUACAGUUAUUGUCUCGUUUUUAUGAGCCAACAAGAGGGUGUAUAACAGUUGCAGGAGAGGAUGUCCGAACAUUUGACAAAAGUGAAUGGGCCCGGGUUUUCUCUAUUGUAAAUCAAGAGCCUGUUCUGUUUUCUGUGUCUGUUGGAGAAAAUAUUGCAUAUGGACUUCCAGAUGAAAAUGUUUCAAGAGAAGAUGUGAUUAAGGCAGCGAAAGCUGCAAAUGCUCACGACUUUAUAAUUUCACUUCCACAGGGGUAUGAUACACUUGUUGGUGAGCGUGGUGGCCUACUGAGUGGAGGACAGAGACAGAGAAUUGCUAUUGCCCGAGCUCUCCUAAAGAAUGCUCCCAUCCUUAUACUUGAUGAGGCUACCAGUGCCCUGGAUGCAGUCAGUGAGCGCCUGGUCCAGGGUGCUCUCAACCAUUUGAUGAAGGGAAGGACAACAUUAGUAAUAGCUCAUCGAUUAAGCACAGUCCAAAAUGCCUAUCAAAUUGCAGUCUGUUCUGAGGGGAGGAUUGCAGAACUGGGCACCCAUUUUGAGCUAUUGGCUAAGAAGGGCCAAUAUGCAUCGCUGGUUGGUACUCAAAGGCUUGCAUUUGAAUAAGUUCAUAUUGUGAAGGUAUCAAAAUAUGUUCAACUUUUGUGAUGAGAUCUUAAGAUGAGGAAGAAAUGGAGAUUACAGCAUUUAGGUUGGCAAGACACUCAGUUGGAAGGCCAAGGAAGGAGUUCAUAAGGAAAUCAUCAAUAGGAUCAACUGUUGCCACACCAACCAGUCUGCAUUUUCCCUCUUUAUCCAAUCUCUUGCCUCUUACACUCUUCGUAGUGCCCUCUGAUUCUUCAGAUGUCAACACUGUAUUCACCAGUAAUGGGGGAGCCUUAUAGAGACUACCAGCAGAAAACAAGAACUUGGCCUUGAAUUCAAGAUCAACCUUUGCAAAAAGAAAAAGAAAAAAAAAAAAAACAAUGCAAUCAUAUCAUCAAUUGGGUGUUUAUGGAAUUAUGGUAAGUUUGAGUAAACUUCUUAAAAAGCACUUAUGAGAAGA